GAACCACGCGGACGACUUUCUCUCUCUUUUUUUAUGCGGUUGCCCCAAUCAUUCGUUAGAAGUUGGAUUAAAAAAAAACAUUUUCCCGUAAGGCUGAUUUCAGUCACUCGUCUAUUUAUUCAAGUUGUGAAAACUCAACUAGUUGCCGUCAGUUCGUGAACUUGGUUUGCGUCUUACCGCUUGCACUCGGUUCGGGGUUUCGGGAGAGAACUAGGAUGUCUGCGGUGAAAGCGCUUCAACAGUGGUGUAAGAUCCAGGUUCAGGGUUACAGAGAUGUCACGAUCACCAAUAUGACAACUUCUUUCAGGGACGGGAUGGCUUUCUGCGCCCUCAUUCACCGAAACAGACCCGACCUCAUUGACUUUGAUUCCCUGAUGAAGGAGAAUGUCUAUGACAACAACCACCUGGCGUUCCGGGUAGCGGAGGAUGAGUUGGGGAUCCCAGCUCUGUUAGAUGCUGAGGACAUGGUGGCCCUGAAGAUACCAGACAGACUCAGUAUUCUGACAUAUGUCUCACAAUACUACAACUACUUCCAUGGCAAAUCACCUAUUGGCGGCAUGGCGGGGAUAAAGCGUCCAGCGGAGGCAUCCACAGAAGAGGGGCCUUCUGGGAAAAAGAACCAAGCAGUUGUCUCCAAGGUCUUCCCCGCCUCUUCCCCCUCUAAAUCCGCUACAGAGAACCGCCCUCCCUCCUCCUCCUCACCCAAAUCCUCAACCAGACCAGACAGGGCAGCGCAGAAGGAUGUGUUGUCGGAGCGCUCCAAUAAGACGGGGACUCUGAGCAGUAAGUGUUCCGUGUGUAAUAAACACGUUCAUCUGGUCCAGAGACACCUAGUGGAUGGGAGGCUGUAUCACAGGAGCUGUGCCAGGUGUAGUGAGUGUUCCACCACUCUACUGUCUGGUAACAGUAAACCUGGACCAACACCAGGCUCCUUCAUCUGUACCUCCCACCAACACCCCCAGGGGGCGCUGCCAACACACACCCCUCUCCGAGACCUGCCCAAAAACAACCCUACUACCCCUGCUGCCUCCAAAUACACCCCUCACCCGCCUCCCACUGUCAAGACCACCCCUCUCUCAGACCUCUCCAGGAAUACCCCCGGACCCAAAUACACAGACCCCCCGAAAUCCACCCCAGCUCCGACACCCACCAGUACCCCCUCCAAAUUUGUCCCUAGCUGGCUGAGCUCCAAAUCCGACGGAUCCAAAACCAACACCCACUCUGCCUCCUCCUCGCGGCCCAGCCCGGGGCUCUCCUCCCUGGGCAUAGUGAGCCCUGCAGCCUCUGGACCCACCACCCCCUCUGCCUCCUCCUCGCGGCCCAGCCCGGGGCUCUCCUCCCUGGGCAUAGUGAGCCCUGCAGCCUCUGGACCCACCACCCCCUCUGCCUCCUCCUCGCGGCCCAGCCCGGGGCUCUCCUCCCUGGGCAUAGUGAGCCCUGCAGCCUCUGGACCCACCACCCCCUCUGCCUCCUCCUCGCGGCCCAGCCCGGGGCUCUCCUCCCUGGGCAUAGUGAGCCCUGCAGUCUCUGCACCCAUCACCCCCUCUGCCUCCUCCUCGCGGCCCAGCCCGGGGCUCUCCUCCCUGGGCAUAGUGAGCCCUGCAGCCUCUGGACCCAUCACAGUCCCACGGAGCUUCAACACUACAACUAGCGCCACCACUCCCACAGCAUCCCAGACCCAGCAGGCACGGCUCCAGUUCUUCCAGUCUGGGAACGCCCCUACUGGGCAGGAGAACCAGGGCCAGACCCAGGCACAGAGUCGACCCACAAAUAAAGUCCCCAACGCCGGCACGCAGGGGACAGUAGUGGGGGUUGGCCAGGUUGUGAGUGUGGUAGUGAGUUUGGGUGGCGGUGGGGUAGCGGAUAAGGGAGGGGAUAAGGGUUCAGGUUGGGGUGGUGAUAAGGGAGGGGAUAAGGGUUCAGGUGUGAAUGUGGUGGUAGGUGGGGACAGGGACGUGGUUCAGGGUAGAGGUAGAGUUGUCUUCAAGAUGGAUGGUGAUGUGAAAGCCUCUCCAUCUAAAGAAGACUGCAGUACCAAGACCCAGGCUGCUGUUGCUGUCAUCACUAAGAAACUAACAGACAACAACACCAACCACACCACCACACCACCAGCUGCUGUCAUCACUAAGAAACUAACAGACAACACCACAACACCAGCUGCUGUCAUCACUAAGAAACUAACAGACAACACCACAACACCUGCUGCUGUCAUCACUAAGAAACUAACAGACAACACCACACCACCAGCUGCUGUCAUCACUAAGAAACUAACAGACAACACCACACCACCAGCUGCUGUCAUCACUAAGAAACUAACAGACAACACCACACCACCAGCUGCUGCUUCCAGUCCUCCCUGGCACCCUGCAGGACUGAAGAAGACUGAGAACAGAUCUCCCUCUCUCAGACCUGCCCCUGCUGAAACACCUAAGACAGAGACAGAGACUCCUAAAAAGGGGACUGGGGGGGGCAGAGUUAAGCUAAAAGCAGACCCUUCUCUCCUCGCCCCCCUCGCCCCCAACACCUCCACCCCGACCCCAGCCAGCAGAACAGGACUGGGGAACAAAACCCUAGAUAAGGCACCCGGAGCUGCUUCUCCCAGCAACACUAUGGCAACAGCAGACAACAGCAGCUCUCCUGCUGACUGGCGGUCCAGGCUCAAACCUGCCUCCAAGCCUGUAGGACCUAAAGACUCCUCUCCCCUCCACCCUGACAUUCAGAAGGCUGAAACCCUGCCUCGGCCCUGGGCCGGCGGAUCAGGAAACCCCCAGGCUUCAGUCCCUGCUGGGUCUACUCUGGCCCCCUCCAGCCCUCCAGACGCCACCUCACCCAGCCCGCUGAACACCGGCCCUGGGAUAUGGGGCGUCCUGACAGGGAAGAGCUCAACGACAGCUAACGGCUCCAACACAGACACCAAGACACCUAAACCAGGUAAACCGGACUACAUCCCGAAGGAAGAGAUCCUCAGAGAGCUUCAGGAGAUAGAGGACAGUGUCAAUGAGUUGGAGAGGAAAGGAGUGGACCUGGAGAAACAACUACGUGCCUGUGAAGAGGAGGGAGAAGAGGACGUGGUGAUGGAUGACCUGAUGGUGGAAUGGUUCAACCUCAUCAGAAACAAGCAGGUGUCCAUGAGGAGAGAGUCUGAACUGGUCUACAUAGCGAAGACACAGGACUUAGAGGAACAGCAGCCCAGUGUAGAGCAGGAGCUGAGGAGACUCAUGGACAAACCUGAGCGGCUGAAGACGUCGUGGGACCGGCGUAGAGAAGAGGAGUUGAUGGUCAAGCUGGUGGAUAUCGUCAAUGACAGGAACGCCAUCAUAGAAGGACUGGACGAUGACAGACUCAGGGAGGAUGAGGAAGAUGAGCAGCUCAAUAAGAUGAUGAAGAACCUAGACACAAAGAAAGAGAAGAAGAAGAAGUCUAGCUUUAAGUUGUUUGGGAGGAACAAGAAGGAGGGAUGAUGGCGCGGGGAGGAACUCUGGGACACACUGUUACCCUGCUUUACAUCUGGUUAUUACUGUGUUUAUAGUUGAUGUAUUGAAGUCUGUUGGCUCUCUGGUUCAUGUGUCUAUAAUACCCUCCUGACAUGCGUGUGACCCCUCAUUGUCAACCAUGGUCAUCACACUGUCCUCUGUGUCAAGCUGAAACCCAGUAUAACAUUACACACAGCACAUCCACACUGUGUAUGUAUGUAAUAUGUGUGUAAUGUGUGUGUGUGUGUGUGUGUGUAAUGUGUGUGUGUGUGGUUUGUUAAUCUGUAUGAUGGGGAUUAUGUAGGGAUUAGAAGAUAUCAAAGGAGCUAUGGUCUCGCUGUCUGUGACAUCACAAUGACUCACUGCUAAUGUCUGACAUCACUCACUCAACCGUGUGCCCUUUGCCCUCUGCUGUUUACAAGCUAUAGAGAGAAGUUGUUUUGUCGAGGGGUCGGACAACUCUUCUUAUGACAUACCAUCACGUUUCUCUAUAGCUUCAUCUGUCCACGGGAUGGUUUAUCUUCUGACUCCAGAUCAGAUGUUAGCUCUGUAAUCGCCCCUCUAGUUCAUGUUUUAUAAUGUUAUGUCCUGACUCCAGAUCAGUGAUGAGUGUCUUAUGAGCUUUUAUUAAGCAGCAUUGUGCAUUGAUCAAAGUUAAUGUGUAUAAAUGCUGGCCCUUCAGCCAGAGGGUUUUUAUUCAGUAUAAAGAGACUCACUUUUA